CAGAGAGUCGGAGACAGAGGAGAGGAGAGCAGAGGCCAAAAUUUUCGAAACACGCCUGAAUAACCACGCGGUGCCGCCACUCCCCACCACCGCCUCCCGAAAUCCUCCAAUUGCCUCUCCCUUUACGCCUCCUCGCCGUCGCCGCCCGCCCUACCCGACGCUGGAGACCUAGCUCCGGGGACCCCAGAGGCUCGCGGCGGCGUCCUCCCUCGACACCCACCCACCGCCGCCGACGCUCGAUAGCCUGGCGCGCCUCUCCGUUUGGGACACGCACACGUCUCCUCCGCCGCGGGCGCACGCGCGCGCGCGCACCAGGUUUGGAUAAAUCUGUAUUGCGAUCUUUAACUUACCAAAAUGAAGUGCAAUGCUUGCUGGCGGGAAUUGGAAGGGCAAGCUAUAACCACCACUUGCGGUCAUCUUUUAUGUACUGAGGAUGCCAAGAAAAUAUUGAGUAAUGAUGGUGCAUGUCCAAUAUGUGAUCAAGUUCUGUCGAAAAGCCAUAUGAAACCAAUGGAUGUAGAUCCCAGUGAUGAUUGGACAAAUAUGGCAAUGGCUGGGAUUUCUCCACAAAUACUCAUGAAAAGUGCAUACAGAAGUGUCAUGUUUUACAUUGGACAAAAGGAACUGGAGAUGCAGUACAAGAUGAACCAUAUUGUUGGUCAAUGCAGACAGAAGAUUGAACUUAUGCAGGGAAAGUUUACGGAGAAGCUAGAAGAACUGCACGCUGCAUACCAAAAGAUGGGUAAAAAGUGCCAGUUGAUGGAACAGGAAAUUGAAAGCCUCACCAAGGAUAAGCAAGAGCUUCAAGAGAAAUUUGCAGAGAAAUCCAGGCAGAAGAGGAAGCUCGAUGAGAUGUAUGAUAAACUAAGGACUGAGUAUGACUCUCUGAAACGUUCGGCCAUCCAGCCUGCCAAUAACCUCUUCCCAAGGGCUCAGCAAGACUUGUUUUCGGGCAUGCCAAAUAUGAUGGAUAACAGUAAUCCUCUCAGGCAAGGUUUGGUUUAUACCCCUGACACUCCAGGGCAAAGAAAGGAGAUGUGGGCUCCCGCACCACGGCAGCGACUCUCUAACCCUGAUACAUUUGAAAUUUCUGGGGGAUCUGCUCACUUGGGAGCUCCUCCUGUUGAUGCUAGACCCCGCAGACCAGCUGGGCCUGUCUUUGGAGCUGGCACGAACAAUCCUUCUGCAGCCUUGCGGAAUAUGCUAAUCUCACCGGUGAAGCGUCCUCAGCAGUCUCGAAACCGUCAACACAUGUUCACGCUGUAGAAUUGGACUGCGAGAUCUCAGCGGGCACCUGUACAUGAUGUAAAUCUCUCUGAGCUUUGUUUUGAUAGAAGAUGUUCCUGUGCAUCCCUGGGACACGGUUUCCUCAUUUCUCAGAAAGCCAGAAGUACGAUAGCAAACAGAGCUGCACAUUAUUUCCUUGCCUGAUUACAGUGGGAUGUACAGUAUCCAUGUGAUCCUCAUCCAACCUUUUCUGGCCUGCUCUAUAGGAAGGUUGAUCUAUACCCAUGUGCAUGAAAAUAUAGUAAUGGAAUGCAGUUACACUAUUUACUUUUUUUUUCCUGUCAGCUCUGUUUUAUGUUAGUAAAUCACGAUAUCUGAUCAAUUGUUCUAGCUUCUAGCGGCCUCUGAAAAUCUAUCUGGUUGCUGGGUUUUCGUCACGCUUGACAGUUCAUGUACCAGAGCGACUUAAAUGGAUUCUGUGAAGCAGCUUUGGUCUUCUCUA